AUGCCUACAACAGACGCCGAACCACGUCGCUCUGUGCGAAGCACAAAGGGCCAGCACAAGUCCCUCGACCACCUGGAGGUGCCGGCACCGACCACCGACGGCGGCAAGGAGAAGGACGGCGCCAAAGACAUCGCGGCGGCUCCGGUCACCGGCGGCAAGAAACAGCGCGGACGCAAAGGCAGCAAGAAGCCCGAAAGCCCGCAGGAAGACGACUCCGAGGAAGAAAUCAUCCGCUGCGUGUGCGGCGCGCGCGAGCAGGACGGCGACCCGGGCGAGCCGUGGAUUGCCUGCGACCGCUGCACGGCGUGGCAGCAUAACGUGUGCAUGGGCAUGAGCGUGUACAGCGAAGACCUGGCUAAGGACUACUUUUGCGAGCAAUGCAAGCCCGAGAACCACAAGGAGCUGCUCGAGGGCAUGGCCCGCGGCGAGCGGCCCUGGGAGGAGCGCCGCCGGCAGUACGAGGAGGAAAAGGCCACCGACAAGCGGCGCAAGGGCGGGCGCAAGGCCAAGCCGAAGCGUAACAGCGACGCCAAGGAAGGGUCGGCCAAGCCGUCGCCCACGCCCGAGGGCCCACGGCGCGACAGCAACACCAAGGGACCGGCCGGCACGAAGCGGAAGACACGUGCCGACUCGGAAGAGGAGACCAAAGACGGAAAACUGCAGCGGCGCAAGCUGUCGGAGGAGGUGCUGCCCGUGUACAACCCGCCCGACGACCUGCCCAAGCACAUUGCCGACCUGGUCGAUGCGCGCCAGACGCCGGCCCGCGGGCUGAUGCGCGCCAUUUCGGAGGUGCUGGGUGGCAUGCAGAAGCGCGGCGAGUUCACGCCGGCCGACGGCGCAUCGGUGGAAGCGACGGCCGAGCGCUACGCGCUGCAGAUUGAGCGCGCCGUGCACGACACGCACCCGACGCACAGAGAGUAUGGUGGCCAGGUGCGGACGCUGCGGUUCAACCUCAAGGAGAACCACGAGCUGGUGGCGCGGCUCGUGCACGGCUCGCUGGUCCCGCCGAUGCUGGCCACCAUGUCGAGCGACGAGCUGGCAUCGCGCGAGCUGCAGCAAAAGACGGCCAAGAUGAAGGCCCAGGCCGAGCGCCAGAGCAUCAUCACCGAGGCCGACGACGCGUCGGCGCCGCGCCUGCGUCGCACGCACAAGGGCGAGGAGCUCGUCGAGCGCGAAACCGCCACGUUGCCCAGCGAGGACAAGCCGUCAGCGUUGCGUCGGCAGAGUGUCCGUGAGAACGAUCUGGACAUGGCCGACGCCGGGGGUGCGCGACGGCGGGGAUCGGAGGCCGCAGGACGCGGUGCACAGGGCCGGGGCGGCCUGCGCGUCGACACGAAGAGCGAGGGCGGCAGCAAGAAAGAUUUCGACCUCAAGCGCGUCUUCUCCAGCGUGCGCUCGCCGACGGCGACGACGACGACGACGAUGCAUCAGCGUCGGCCGUCGCAGCCGCAGUUUGCGUCCGACGGGCCAGGCGACGACCCGGACGUCGACCGCCUGCUGCAGGACGACGGCGACGAGUCACCGCCCUACUCACCGACGGAAGAGACCGAUCCGGACGUCGUGUGGCGCGGCCAGGUCAGCAUGAACACGGUGGCCGACUUCCAGGCCACGGCGCGGCACGUCGGCGGCGUCAACCUGAGCACGACCAUUCACCUGCCCUGGACGACGCUGGUGCCCAAGAAACUCACCGUGGCGGGCCGUAUCGACGAGCAGAUUGCCACCGAGUACCUGUGCAGCCUGCGCUACAGUGCGCCGACCGACAUCAGCGUCGCCAGCCUGAGCCCGGCCACCGACGCGGCCAAGGCGGGGUUCCUGGCGCUCAUCGACUACUUUACCCAGCGUCGCCGAUACGGCGUCGUCGGCGAGAAGGGCGUCGGCAACGUCCGCGACACGUACCUGGUGCCCAUUGCCUCGGGCACGGGCAGCCACCCCGAGUUCAUGCUCAACCUCGAGGACAACUUCAUCCCCACGUCCCGCACAGCGCCCAUGCUGCUUCUGGUUGUCGUUUACCGGAACGACCCAGCCGCUAUGGAGAAGCUGCGCGGACCGAACUGGGCCGGCCAGUACGUCGGUGGCGCCGGGGCUACGCCGGGGUCGAUGGAGAGCACGCCCAGCAACGCGACACCCCAGCCGCCUGCCGCGCCCGGCGGGCCCGGAGGUUCGCGCACCACGUCCAUCUCGGCACCUGCGUUCUCGCCCAUGGUGCCCCAGACACCGGUGAUGCCGACACAGGCGCAGGCUCAACAAGCCGUUCCGGUUACUGCGACACCAACGCCGCCACAGCCGUUGGCGCAGCCAGGGCCGGCCCAGCCGCCCCAGCAACAGCAGCCACUACCUCCGGUGCCUUCGGUGCCUUCCGGACAGUCGCAACCGCAGCCUCCACCACCCCAGCAGCUCCAGCCGCAGCCUCCAGUUGCUCAACCGGCAGUUCAGCAUCCGCCAAUUGCCACCAGACCGCCUGUCCCACCGCCCGCUGCUGCUGCCGCGCAUACACCGACUCCGCCACCCGCACACCCACAACAUCCGAUUCAGCAGCAACACCAGGCUCCUCCCCCUCCGCAGCAGCAGCAGCAGCACGUGGCGCACCCUGGACCUGUUGCUAGCCAGCCACAGCCUCCCCGUCCGCAGCAACCGCACCACCCCGCCGGGCCGCCGCCGCCGUAUGCUGUGACGGCUGCUGCCGCGCAGCAGGCGGCCCGCGAGCAGGCGCAGCGCGACGGCGAGGCAAUUGCGCGCGAGAUCCUGGGCCCACUGGCGACGUGCUCGGCGGCUGGCUUCCUGAUGACGCAGGCGGCCAAGAUGCAGAAGAACGAGUGGCUGCUCGUCCGCGCCGUGUUUGAGCAGCAGCCGCAGACGCAGGACGACCUCCAGCUGCUGAAGCACGAGCUGGAGCGGUACAACGACCGCAACCACCACCACCACCCGAACCAGCACCACAACAGCAACAGCCAUCACCACAACGCUGCGGCCAGCAAUGGUCACGGUCAUGGUCACGGCGCACCGACAUCGACGACUACACAGCAGCCGCCGCCGCAGCAGCAACAGGCGGCUGCGACUGCGGCUGCGACGUCCAAGCAGCACUCGCAGACGCCCGUGCCCAUUCCACGGGUGCCGCACACGCCUGCUGCGGCGCCGUCACCGGCAGCGCGGCCCCCAGCGCCCGCGGCCGUGCCCGCUCCGCAGCCUGGCAAUGCCCCGUCGUAG